UGAUGAGUCUGACACUACCGAAUGCCGAUAGCAGAACGGAAGGGAAUGGUCAAUUCGAGAUAAAUAAACAAACAAGUUGAUUAAUAGAAAUAAAACUAUGGGCGAAUAGCAAGUGUAAUUGCCAACAACAUUUUGUGCCAUGCAUUUUACAUAGGCAUAUUUGAAGAUGAGGAUUACUCCAAAGCGGCUCGUAAGUGGAGGUCUCUUCGCCUUGGGGAUACUGUGCCUGAUAAAGUACGUCCAUCAUACUAGAGGUGGAUCUACAGAAAAAAAUGAGUGCCUCAACCGUAGACCACAUGACCAACUUAGAGUAAUCUUCCUGGCUGAACGAGUCCACAGAGCCCUACAAAUACUGGAGGUCCAGCACUUCAUCUGUUACGAAAGCCUGUGGGCAUCCCUUUACAACGAAGGACCAAGAACUUGGGAACACACUGUGGAAAUGUGUGUGAUUGGAGAUGCUUUGACCCAGCAAGAUGAGGGAUUCAUCGCCAGGUUCUUCAGGACUCAGGAUCUUGUGCUUAACUACGACAUGCUAGAGGGUGUAUAUGAGGUGAAAUUGAUGGAAACGGUCAGUUUCCCUGGGCUUCCCGAUGCUGUUGGUCGAGAUGUCAGCGCCCGCCUAGUACUGUUUCAACAACGGUCCGGCUCGAUGAUGCGCAAAGCCGGCCUUAAACGAGCACUUCUGCCUGAUGACUGCGAAAAUCAACUUCUCGAGUGCUUUCCUAGCCUUCUCGCCUUGCCACCGCUGUCAGAAAUCAAGUUCGGACCCAACAAAUAUUUCCCUGCACCUCGGGAAGGCAUAGAAAUCCAAAAGUAUCAUUACCCCGACGAUUGGUGGCUUCAAAGAAAGAUACCAUCUGCAUGUUGAUUGAUAUAUAUUAUUCCCAGUGAUUAUUUCUAGUCUCCAAUCACCUAUUUAGUGGUCCAGCAACUUGAAAAUAAAUUGUUCCAACUCUU